AUGUCGCCCGUCGACGACCUCGCGAGCGCGUUCGCUCGCUCGACGACACUCAAUCACGAUCGCAUCGCGUCCGAUGAAGACGCGCACGCGCUCGCGCGCGCGUUCAGCGUCCCGAAGGAUUUCAACGAGAUUUUACAGAGCAAGUCAUCGGUCGAGUUACGUCGUUGCAUCGUCGACGACGACGCGUUCGACGAUUUGUUGCGGUCGACGCGAUCGGUAAAAGAGUCAACGGCUUUCGCGAGAGAUUUAGCGAGCGAGAUCGAGCGUUUGAGUGCGGAGUGCGAGAGAUUGGAGCGAGACGCCGGACACCUGGCGGGACAUCGCGCGGUGGUGGAGAACGGUGACCUCAGGGAGGCGGAAGAGGCGUACGGACGCGUGCGCGAGGAAGUGAUUCGGAGACAGAGUACGAUGAAAACGUUACCCGCGCUCGUCGCGGACGCGCGGGCGUUCGCGAUGAAUUUAGAGGAACAAUCGCGCGCGGACGUCGCGCGCGCGACGCGAAGCAAGACCAAGUUCCUUCGCGACGCGUUGGACGAUCUCAUCGAGCGCUUGGUGGAGCGUCAAACCAGGGCGCAUCGCGUCAAACUCAUCGCCAGCAUCGUCGAUCCGUCCGAUUGA